AUGUAUAUCAUCUACAAAACAGAAAUGGGGGCCCCGCUCCCUCCACCCCUUCUCGAGGCCCCGCCCCCGCCGCCCGCGAGGCCUCGAAGCUCCGCCCCCGCCGCCCGCGAGGCCUCGAGGCGCCGCGGGAUCCCCGCGCGGGUGGCGGCGGCGGCGCGCGUGCGGCAUCUUCGACCGAGCACCGCCUGCUGCCUGCCCGCACUCGAGGCCCCUCGAGGACCCCGGGCGCGUCCCCUCCCGGGGGCGGAAAGGGAAAGGCCUUCAAGCCGCCCCGCGCCCCCCGUCUUGCCCCAGACCCCCGGAACUCCUGCUGGGGCGGCGAGAGCCCCUCUGGACGCAGCGGAUCACAGCCAGGUGGACCGGGGCCCGUCUCAGGUUCCCCCACACACGGGGCCUGUGGGGGGGUCGGUCCUGUGGGGGUCGCUCGUGAAGACCCCCAGGGACAAGGUUGUGGAACUUAAGGACACUUGGAUUCAACAUAUAGAGAGAAGUGACGUGGGUGAAAAUGUGAGGAAGUGGGUGCAAGUGAUGACUCACAAAGAAGUACAAUCAGGAAGGGAAGUAGUAUCUGGGAAGAAUGAAGCCCCAAGGCGCAGGGAGGAAAGAGAAAAUGCAACAGAGGGAAAGAUGGCGUGGCGUCCGCCAUUCAUAAGGACCAUUAAGGAGGUACGAACUUGGAGGCGUGGGAAGGGAAAAAAAAAAAAGAGGUAUGAACUUGCAACAGUGGGACGCAUGCGUGAUCUCGAGACGGAGGCGAUACCGGCACGCUCUCUGCCGAGAUGUAACCCGGGUGGCCACAUGUUUGUGUGUCCACUCUGCAGCUGAUCAACCACGAUCUGGAGGCCAGCUAGAUCACUUUUGGUACCAGCAGCUGCUCACAGAAAUGUCUCUAGACUGUGAACUAAGCCAUAGCCCCAUGCUGCCCCAGGAAGGGAAAUGAUGCAAUUUCUAACAUAAAUCUCCCUGGACUUAGUUACUAAAAUACUAAAAUACAGAAAUCCCAAACCAGCCGCGUGACGUCAUAUCUCUUCAUUCUCAGUAAUGGAAAACUAAUUAUCAAAUGCUUCCUUCCAAAUGCAGCCCUUCAGCAGGGCUGUUUUUUGGGGGGGAAAACGCCAACAACAAUAGUGAGUUUUGUGUUGAAAUAUGGAAUGUAAUCAAGGUAAAGAGAAAGUGAAG